AUGAAGAGUGAUUUGGACAAGCCACCAGUUUUACUUACUGGAAACGGAGCUCCAAUCGCCAAUAAAACAGCAAGUCUUACAGUUGGGCCACGAGGACCUUUGCUUCUACAAGAUUUUGUGUACCUGGAUGAACAGACGCAUUUUGAUAGAGAAAGAAUUCCAGAAAGAGUUGUCCACGCUAAAGGCGCAGGUGCAUUCGGUUACUUUGAAGUUACUCAUGAUAUUACGCAAUAUACGAGAGCUAAAAUAUUCUCAAAAAUUGGUAAAAAAACUCCUAUAGCCGUACGUUUUUCUACUGUAGGCGGAGAAAAUCCACGUGGCUUUGCUGUGAAAUUUUAUACCGAGGAAGGAGUAUGGGAUCUUGUUGGAAACAAUACUCCAAUCUUUUUCGUGAAAGAUCCUCUACUUUUCCCAAGUUUUAUUCACACACAGAAACGAAAUCCAGUAACUCACUUGAAAGAUAUGGAUAUGUUUUGGGAUUUUCUUUCACUCCGACCUGAAUCAACUCAUCAAGUUAUGAUAUUAUUUAGUGAUCGUGGUAUACCCGAUGGUUAUCCUCAUAUGAAUGGAUACGGUUCUCAUACAUUUAAACUUGUUAAUAAUAAUAAUGAGUUUGUUUAUUGUAAAUUUCAUUACAAGACAGACCAAGGCAUCAAAAAUCUCACAGCUGAAGAAGCUGCAAAAAUAAGCUCACAAGAUCCAGAUUAUGCUAUUAGGAGUUUAUACAACACAAUUGCUAAAAAAGAAUUUCCUUCAUGGACAUUUUAUAUUCAAGUUAUGACCGAGCAGCAAGCAGACAAAUUUCAAUGGAAUCCUUUUGAUUUAACUAAGGUAUGGCCCCAUAAAGAAUAUCCACUCAUUCCGGUCGGUAAACUCGUAUUGGACAAAAAUCCAUCAAAUUAUUUUGCUGAUGUUGAACAAUUGGCUUUUGAUCCUGCACAUAUGGUACCAGGUAUUGAACCGAGCCCAGAUAAAAUGCUUCAAGGUCGACUCUUUGCUUAUAGUGAUACUCACAGACACCGUCUUGGGCCAAAUCAUCUUCAGCUUCCUGUAAAUUGUCCUUACAAAAGCAUAUCAAUAAUGAAUUAUCAGCGUGAUGGCUCAAUGACUAUACAUGAUCAGGAUGGAGCUCCGAACUAUUAUCCUAACAGCUUCAAAGGCCCUGAAGUAUGUCCGGCUGUAAAAUCUCCAGCAUUUAGUGCUUUUGGAGAUAUUGAUCGUUAUGAACCGGUAAAUGAGGAUAACUUCGGCCAAGUUACAACUUUUUGGCAGAAAGUGCUUGAUGCUGAUGCAAAAACUCGACUUGUAACCAAUAUGGCUAACAGCCUUGCAAAAGCUUCAAAUUUCAUUGCUGAACGUGCUAUUAGAAACUUUUCCCAAGUGGAUGUUGAUUUUGGUCAAAGAUUAACGGAUGAAUUGCGGAAGAAAGGAAAAAUGAUAAAUAUUUCUGGAAAGGGAGCUAACUUAUAA